GUGCCCUGCCCCGGGGCGCGGGGAUGAGCCGUGAGGCAGCGCGUUGCCGCGGUGGAGCAGGGUGGGUGCAAGCCGUGACUGACACCGGUUCUGGUCUGUAGGAUAAAGAAUCUCCCAAAAUCAGGCCUAAUCAGGAGCGCAGCAGAGGGUGCAAAGCAACGAGCAGGGGCCAAGCCCAAGCCCAAGCAGCUCUGUGGUCGAGAAGGCUGGAUCCUGAACAGGCCUGAAUGAACCUUGUCCCACAAGCAGCUGUAAUGAAUCUCCGGAGGCUCUGGCCUGGACCUUCCCGUCGCGCGGAAAGACGAGAUGAAGCGUAGGCCGGGGCCGGGAGAGACGUUAACGUGCCCUCUUACUUUAUAUUAAGAAAGGUGCUGUUCCAACGAACUUCUUGUAUGGCCUUGCAGGACGUAUGUACCUAAGACAACUCUAUCACCCAUGUUCUGAACAAACUUCAAAAGAAAAAGCCAGAUGUAACAGGACAGCAGGGAGUCACUGGAGAAUGGUUUGAAGAAAUGGAGGAAAAAACCCUUCAGAAUGACACUGAAGGUGUCAGCAGAAUGCUAAAACAACCAAUAGGUCACCAAUUAAAGAAGACUUCGAGAAACAAUCCUAAUGAUUUGAAAAUGCCAUCUCCCCCAAAUCCACAACCACAGAAGAAUGAAAAGAACACCUCAUCUUCCAUCCUGGGAUUUAGAUCCCCUUUCGCUUGGCUCUUCUCCUUCAGAAAAUCAAGGAAGCACACUGGAAAGCACCAAACUCAGGAGCAGCCACAAUAUGACAGCUUUGCGCAGGGUGCCCAUACAGCUUCUGAAGUGGAGGAAAUGGCAAAGGCUGAAGCACAGCAGUUUUCUUUGCCAGAGGAAUCGAUUGGUAACCUUUCUGAUGGAAUUCAAACUGAUAUGAUGGAGGAAAGUUCACCUGCAUGGAAUGAACAGCUGGAGGAAGAGCUCUUUCGUGUUUUAGAUGACCUGGACAACCAGCUGGCACAAGAACAAGUCCAAGAUCCAGUGAACAGGAGGACUCCAGUGAACGUUGAAUCAAAUGCACAAUGCAGUAAGCCAUUACCUGCCACAAGCAGACAAACUCAUAUUAGGGGACGACAUAGAAAUGACUGCAGUGGAACAGCCAACUUGUUUUUCCUUGAUGGGAUGAGAACAGUAAGAGCCAAAGAUGAACAUAAUAUUUUCUGCAGAACAAGGAGAUGGCACGAUACAUUCAUAAACAGGCAACACACAGCCUCUACAGAGGAUUUUAUGCACAGUGAUUCAUUUGACUUAAAUUCCCCUGUUUUGAACAGAAGGCUGUCUUCUCCAUCUUUUGGACAGUCUUCGGAAGGCAGCUUACAUCUUCCUUCCAUAACACGGAGCAGUGGAUUUGUACACCAGGGUUAUAUAGACAAGGACACAGUUGGCAGAAGUUACUCUCUCUGUUCUCUCAUGAGACGUCCAUCCUUUGGCUCCUCAGAUCAGUUUUCAGCAAAUAGUUUACAACAUCCAUUGGUAAUGGGUAACAGUGGCUUUGUACGAAGAAACAGUCGACAAAACCCAAAACGAAUUCCUCUGUCUUCUAUAGAAUGGAACAAGCCAUAUUUUUCUGAACACCCAGUAAAUCAAGACAGACUUUUUAAGACCCAAUCGUUAAUUGAAUGUAAUUCCACUCAACAUGGUAUGUAUCCCUGUCCUCCACAGGAAAGCAGAAAAUAUGAACUUUCCCACUCAAAACACCAUUACAGAAGUGCUUUAUCAAGUACUAAUUGGUUUAGUAGGAUGAGUUGCCCUGACAAAGCUUCUGCUCCAUCGUACUUUGAAAAUUGGGAGAAUUAUCCGUUCUGUUGCUCAGAAAAUAACCUCCCUGGGUACCAUUAUAGAGAUAUUACUUGUCAUGGGAGUUUGCAAAUGCAUCGAGAUAGUGCUCCCUGUGGAAGGAGAGAGAGGCAUUCUUCAUGGUCUGAUAUUCACCAGUACUACAAUGAGGAUGCUUUUCUUUCCCCUGAAGCUGACUUUGACAUUAUUACAACCCAUUUCAAUCUCUUGCAAAAUGCACAUGCAAAGAAUGCUGCACCAUCAUCACCAUUUGUUUCACAGCACCAUCAAAGCAACUUUCAGACACGGUCCAUGAAUAACAUAGAACUAUUAAAGGGUGCAAAUGCUAAAGUGCUUCCAGAGUUUACAAGAGAUCUUAAACCCUGUUUCACAUAUAACCCUGCAAUUUCUUUGUCUGACAUCAAAACAGAUGCUUCUCGUGAAUCUUUCUACCUUGGUUUCAGGGACCAAACAAAACCCAUAAAACAGAAUAGUGAUUCUGUCACUGAGAUUUAUCAGAACCAGCCAAAGCCUGGGGUUAUCCCAGCAAAUAUUAAGAAAUACUUUAAAAAAACUGCUUCAGAAAAGGAGAGAAGUAUGGAACUAUCAGGGGAGGCAAACCAGGAAAAUAGUAAAAUGACAUCAUUGCAGCCAGAUUCUCAGCAAAUAGAUACAAAUAGCACCGAUUCCCAAUUUCCUCCCUCUCAUAACUCUGCUGCUGCUGCCUUGCAAAACAGCACCUCUCUUCUUAAUUUACCGUUUGCAGUGAGAUCAAGGAGAAAGCCCCACAUCACUGCCAGAAGAAGGGAUAUUGCAAAAAUGUAUAUGUCAAGCAAUAAUAAAAGAAAUGUGCAAACAAAGGAAAAUGAUCACCCUGCUAACAGUGGAUUUAAUCAUACCCCUCCUCUUCUAUCAGCUGAUGAGAACAAAAAGGAAUUGUUUUUUCUGAAUCAAAAAAAAUGGGAACAUAAUUUCCAUAGUUCAACAAAAACAAAAAGAAUUGAAUUAGAAAGCCAGAGAGCAGAAACUACUGAUCAGACUGGUCCUAAGAGACAGUCUUUACUGGUAGCUGAUCUGCAGAGUAAUGCAUCAGUCCAUUCUGUUCCAAUUACUGGAAGACUGGCAGAGCACCAAAGCAAGUUAUCCAGUGCUCCACAACAUUCUGGUUUAUUAAAAGGCUUUUCUUCUAAGAGCUCUUCUCAAUGUUUAGAAACUCCUACUAAUUCUUCAUUGAACUGCACUGUUACUGAAGCUCCAGCAGAAGGUGGGAAAGUUGCUCAGUUAAGUGCUGUAAGUCUUGGAAAAGAAACCCUGCAGGAAAAAAGCCAAGAUGUAAAUGUUGUAGCUAAUGAGGACCAAAAUAAAAAAAUAACCACCAGUUGUCCUGAGAACAGAAAUUCUGAGCAUAUUUAUGCAUGCUGUUCUGACAGACCCAAGAUCACUAAACAUGGUUUACAUUCUUUUUGCCAGAAAAAAGAAAAUGGAAAAACAAGAGAAAAUAAUGCUUGUGCUGAAAGUCUCAACAAGCCAGAAGACCUACCGAGAACUACAACUAACAGCGGCAUUACUGGCUCCCCUGAUAAAAACAAAUCCACAUCUUCUGUGCCACUUGUACCUUACCACACCUUACCUAGAAAAUCAGCCAGCAUUGCUGGCAGUGUCAUAUCAGCUAAGUUGGUCUCUAACCCUAAAAGUGAAGUCCCAUUCAAAAGUGAACUCAACAUGUGGGAUCCUUUAGAGACUUCAGACAGAACUGAUGCCUUUUCUCCUAAUCAAGGAGGGAAAAUCUCUUCUUUAGAUUCAGCACAAGUCUCUCAAACAACAUCCCCGUUCCAUGCCAUUGCAAACAUGAAAGGGCAUCAAACUGAGGACUACCCUUUGCCUUUAACUCAGCAGUUUAACCACCCCUUACAUUAUAGUGCAGCUGUCUCCAGUUCAGAUGAACUUACAGGUAGAGCUGCAGGUCUGAACCGAAGGGAAUCCUCUGUAUUUCUAGAGAGUCUAGACAAGGAAACAAAUUCUUUACAAAAAUAUAAAACUACUAGCACAUUUACAGUUUGUGUUGAUGAGGAUAAUGUCAAAUAUCAUGAACUAGUUUCAGUUUAUUACACAUUACCAUGCAGGCAUUCAAGAACAUUGUGUAACCUCUUUCAAGACAAUCCAGAGAACACAGAUUUACCACUUCACUUGGAAAAAUUUCAGUGGCCAAAAAUGUCAAAGAAGAAGUCUGAAGCCCGCAUUGGUUUAGCAAAUGUAGCUUUUCCUAGCACCUUAGAAAAAGAGGAACCAUCCCAUUCUCCAGCUCAAAUACCUCCAGCUUCAGUGACUCCCCAGAACUUAAAGACUGCUGCUGGCAGUGCUAAAUUAAGCUCACAGUUAUCUCCCAGCCCUCAGGAAAUAGGUACUUUACCAUCCACAAGCUUUGUAUGUAAUAUGAAAGAUAUUUCACCAGAGCCUUCAUUAAAAGACAGUACUCUUGUACUUUCUGAUAUAGUGACAACAGAUGUUUCUCUUGGUGAUCCACAAUCCAUAAUAGCAGAUAAUUCAGUUCAGGCCAUUUCUGAUGUUUCAUGCAACCAAAAUACUGGACCAUGUCUUUCUUCAGUUAAUGAAAAAGAGGAACUUUUUCAAACUGGUACACAAAUAACUUCCAUUUCAUCAAAACCAGAAAGCAUUCCAGAAAAUUUGUUUUAUCCUGUUUCUUCAGUUAAUAAUGCUAACAGUGUACAGAAGGAACACUCUGAAAAUUUCCUGCAAUCUCUUAAAGUAAGUGGAGGUGAUCAGAAUAUGUUACUGCCCUGCUCAAUAGAUAAUAGUUCCCGUGAAGAAAAACACAACGUAGAACACAUAGCCACUGAAGCACCAAUUACCCCUGCUGAAAGUAAAUCUAGGUAUGAUGCAGAAGUCCAAGGAGGAGCAGAUCUUCCACACUCCAUCACUUCCCUGCAUGGUAAUAAAGGUGGUGGAUUUCCAUUAACAGCUUACAAUUCCAAAAACAGCACAGAUGAAAAUUUAAUCUCUGAUAAGAUGCUUUUAGAUUUGCUAAACAAAACAUUUCAGUUAGGCACAGCUUGUCCAGCUAAACCAAUAUUGCAGCCAGACAAAACUGGCAUAACUGCUAUGAAUGAGUUAGAGAGCCCAACAAUAAAAGAAAAGCUGUUCCAGCAUACACAGAUGGACAAAGAUUGUACUGGCCUGCAGAGACCAGUGAAGCACUAUGAAGAUAACUGGAGUGUUGAUUCUAAAGACAAGUUCUUCCUUAUUUCACAAGAUCUUCAACUGCCAGACAACUCAGUAAGUGAAGAUAAGCUUCCCCCCGAUAGCACAAAAGACAGGCUCAGUGAUAUAGAAAAAAGGAAAAACAGACCUUCAGUUAAAAAUAAACUGGCAGCCAUCUGCAAAACAAGUCAAAAGUACUCUAGUAAAAAUUUGCUUCCCAAACCAAACAAAAGUAAUAUCUUUUCACAGAAUGAAGGAGAUGCUGCUCCUAUAGAGAUUAUCAUGUCCAAGGGUACAUUUAUUUCAGCUGAUUCCACCCUGUCGUUUCUGCAAACUGGGAAUGAGAACAAGAAUCAAAACCUAACCCCUUCUGCUGUGAAUGUCUCUAUGCACAAAAUAACUGAGAGUAAAAGAUCACAGGCUAAUGAAGAUCUUUCACUGGUUACUAGGAACAACAGUCAGAAAACACUCACAGAGUCAUGCAGGCAGAGAGGAGAAGCUGGUUGCCCUAAACAAAAUAAGGAUAAAGUGGAAAGUGUAUUAAGCCCGACAACCCUAUUCCCAGAGGAAAUAAUGGUUGCCAAAAGUAAAAAUUUACAAGCAUCUAGUUCUGUGUUUGAAAACAGAAAUAAACCUGUCUUCUCCACCAGCAUUGCAGCAGACUCAUCAGACAAUCAAAACAGAACAGAUACCAAUAAGUCUCACCAUCCCCCAUGGUUGCCAUUUUUACCUGACGCAAACUCAAACAGUUUUAUAAAUAACUACUUACAGGCAAAUAUCUGUCCGCAGCAAAAGAUGGCUUCCCCACACAAGAGGAGUCACAAGUGGAACCGCCAUCAGUCAAGCAGUUUAAAAAAUGUGAACUUACACAGUGACCAGUUGCGCGUGAGUCAAGCAAAGAAUCAACGUGAACGUCACUUUUCUGAAUGCACCUAUACACAAGAUCCUCAGGACAGCCUGGCCUCUGCUGGCUGUCCUGCUGAUUUUAUGCCUACAGAUAGCAGGAGCAGUAGAAAGUUUAAAUCCUAUUCAGAGCUGUUGUCUUGUGAUGAAAAUGAAAACUGGGCUUCGUCCAAUGAGAGAAACAGAGCUGUUGGCACUAGACAUUUCAGGUAUCCCUCUGUUGAGUAUGGUAUAUUUGGAAAAGAGCAACAACUGGCUUUCCUGGAAAAUAUCAAGAGAUCACUCACAGAAGGACGAUUAUGGAGACCCUGCCUUCUUAAAAACACUAGCUUUGUGAGGGAUGAAGAAAGUCACUCUUUAAAUCAGUCUGAGCUCUUGAACUUAAGUUUUGCUGGGAGCAAAACGUUAGUAGAUGGCUCAAACCCCAGAGAGCCACUUGGCGUCUAUCGGGAAGAUGCAAUGGCCUGUUCAGACUCAGAUACCAAUACCACCACGGAUGAUGAAUAUUACCUGGAUGAGAAUGACAAAGAGUCAGAAUUGUGAGCUCUUGUGAUGAAAGAUGGAGAAUGAGGUUUUGGUGUGUUUUGCUAUCUGCAAGGGUAUUUUGGUGGUUUCCUGCCUGGUUAUAAGCAUGUAAAAUAGUUUAAAUCAGAUCCUGUGGUGGUAUAAAUGAGUGCAGUUCUGUUGACUUAGGUUAACUUAUGUUGAUUUCUCUUUUUUAACCUGUAUUAAAAUAAUAAUAAUAAUGUAGCCUAACCAUAAUUAUUCAUGCAAGCAAAAAACAAAGUCUCACUAUUUUUUUAUUAUAUAUUUUUAAAGCAUGGGAAGAUAGUUGUGGAGCCUUUUGUAAUAAUCAAAUACCAGAGAAGGCUUUGCUUCUCAGUGGGAGUUUGACUGGGCUCUUACUGGUUAAUGGUACAGUGCGAUAAUGCAGGGCUGUCCAACUUUGAAGCAGCUGGAGGCCGAGUGCCCCAUGGGCUGCACCAGCAGAGGUGGCAUGCCUGUGGGCCCCACCAGAGCGAGCGAUAGGCAUGCCUAUGCCACAUGCUCCCCCUACCUCUGCUGUACCACUGCCUCCUCCCCAUGCACCAUCCUCCACUGCUGCAUCGGGCACCUAUGUGGCCUCAGGGUUGUCUACAGCUCCUCGGACCAUGCUGUGCUGCACUGCCCACCCUCUGAGGUGGGGACAGACAGCAAAAGCCAGAGGUGGGAAGGUGAAGCCCAUAGACUCCAGCUGCUGUUGCAGCUGCAGCCAUGCUAGGGAAAGGAAGCUGAGCAGAAGCCUGAGGGCCACAGCUUAAUCCCUCAAGGACUAUGUGCAGCCCACAGGCCACCAGUUGGACAGCCCUGCUGUGACGUAGGAAGUUCCAGAUUUAGGUGGCAAAAUGAGAACCUGUGAUUACUGAACAGAUGCACCGAGAUGGAGUUUCUUAAAUACUAAGCCUUCCUGGUGUAUUCAGUUUCUCCUCUUCUUUCUUCUUGUUCUGCCACCUCAGGCAUAAUUUGAUAUAGAUGGGAACGGGAGUCCUACCUCAAAGCCCUGUACCUCUUGUUUCUCUCACACCCUCGCAGUCUUUACAGUAGAGAGUAAGAACGAAUGUUUUCUUCCCACAGUCUUAAGGAAGAAGCUGCUUUGAGGCAUCUGGUAGGCACAGCAUGUUAUCUUCAGUUAGAUUCCUCCCUGGGGCUUUUCUCAUCAAUAGCUUUGCAAAUAGUGUCAAGUAAUGUGUAGGGGUGUAGGUUGUAGCCACGUUGGCAGACAAGGUUCUUUGAGUGAAUCUGAUAUCUUUUAUUAAUGUGUAGAGAGUGAUGCUAAGACUACCCUUUUGUGACACAAGUAGGGGAAAAAUGCACUAUUCAUGCAAGGCAAAAGCCCCAGUGAAGAAUGUGGAAAAUGUGUGUAGUAACCUUUUGCACUAGAAAGCUGGGUUCAAAUUCUGAAUCUGAUAACAAGUAUAGGUAAACCUGGCAGCUUGAUUCCUUUUAAAGCAUUACCUGGGAGAUUCAAGUUUGAACUAUUGCUAUGUUGUCCUUGUCCAGAAGUAGGUUGUCACUCACACUAAUAGCCUGUCAUUUUAUAGUGUACUAAAUUGAAUCCAGAUGUUUAAAAUAUAUAAAUAAAUAGGACAUAAGUAGGCAGGAACUUGGGUUUUGGCAUAUGAUAGGCACAGCUUCUCCACUUCUUAGUCCAGUUGGGAACUAUACAGUACCAGCUCUCAAUUUGUAGAGCAACUUUAUGCUGCUCAACGUAAAGGUGGGAUGUUUGUGACUGAAGAUAAGGUAGAGGGCUGCACUCUCUGGCGCCUCGUCUUCCCCUUUUUCACUUGUCCCCUAAUCUGAGGCAGGGUGUCCUGGAGAAAUCUUCAAUACCUGCUUGCAGCAGUUUGUACUGCUUGUAUCACUAGAGCAAUAGGAAGGGCAUUUAAUGUGCUGGAAGGAUCUGGCUGUUUAAGCAGACAAUUUAUUUUUGUUUAUUUUUAAAAGCUGCAAAUUUUCUCAUGUGGUAAAGCAAGUUAGGGUAUGAGAGAGGGAAUACUUUUGGACACUGUAUUUUUCUUCCUUAAAUUAGCAUUCGCUUUUGGUAUUUUCCUUGCUAGCUUUCUGUCACAGAACUACUUUUCAUCCUUUGGAUAGAAGGGCCAUUGGUAUUUUUCCUGGAGUUGUUCUUAUGCCAUUAUAAGAAAUAUAGUAGCAUUGGCAUUUCACAAUAGCCGAAAUCCAUCCCUGGCCCUGAAAUCUUUUAAAUAAGUUGUGAUCUCUUGUUACUAAAAAACACAAUGGCUCACUUGAGUCGGAAGCUAAUUUUUAAAUUAACCAUAAAAAAGUUUCUGUUUACCUUUGAUUAUUUUUACAGCUAACUUCAAGUUUAUCUGAUUCCAGAUUUUUUUCUAUUUUUAAUUAAAUUUGCCUAAAACAUAACUGUAUUUUUGUAACUGGAAAAUAUCCUGAUAUUUUAAAAUAAUUUAUUUUAGGUAAAGUAAGUGAUAUUUGCAUCACUGAAUACUCAACAGAACCAAUAGAAGGAUAAAAUGAAAAAUAACAAUUGGUAUGCUUAUUUUUCUAUAUUGUAUACUUCGUUAAAGAAGUAGAGCCUUAAUCUGAAUGUGCGAUGUAUAAAUAUUAUUGCUUUUACUUUGAUAUGUUCUUUUAUUGUACAUAAUACUAAUAUAAACUGUAUAUUUAUGUUCAGAAUUAUUCUUCAUGUGGGAAUCUGUUUUGGAAGGAUUCAAACAUGCAUUAAUAUACACAGUAUUGGAAGGAAAUAAUUGCCAUGUAAGUGUAAACUUAUAAAAUCUGCUGCUUUGUUGAGAAAUGCUACAUCAGUUUUAAUGUAAAUAGUUCUGUACCAGAUAAACCAGAUUCUGUUAAACCACUUCAUAUUUGGUAAAGAUUUUUGGUUGUGAUACAGUGUUGAAACGUUUGCCCAUAGUGGGGGAUGUCACCCUGCAUAGGUAGGGCGCCGGCGUCUACGAAACUUGAGGAGGCAACCAGCUGAUUUCACAGGCAGAUCCCAGGGCCAGCCACCAUUUUCACUGGCUGAACACAGCAGGGCUCCCAUGCCUCUGAUUGCCUGAGUGGCCCUGGCAGUCCUGCUCCUUCCUGCAGAUUGCCACAUGGAGCAAAACCAUGUCUUAAUUACCCUGAUUAUGCUCAGGGAAACCAUUAAUCCACGUUAUUAAGUGUGGAUUAAUGAUUUCCCUGGGCUUAAUCAGGGUAAUUAAGAUGCAGUUGCAGGUCAUCCCAAGUGGCAGGUUCCACGCUUUUGGUGGCCUUGCUGCAAAAAAAUAAACAAUCUUGCUGGCAAGCAAAGCACGCAAGAAGCCCUGCAGUCUUGGAGCAUGGGGGAAGGGGGUGGGGAGCUGCUCCCCACCCUCUCCCCUGUCCUUCCCCCUCCGCCUUCCCCCUGUGCUCCGAACUGCAGGGUUUCCUGCACACUGUUCUCUGCUUCCUGGUAAGUUUCGGUGUUUAUUUUUUGCAGUGAGCCGGCUCAAAAUCGCAGUUUCCAUAAAAAUCACACAAUUGUGAUUCUGGUAGGCCCCUAUACAUAGAUUAAACAGCAAAAUCAAUGUUAACAGGGAAAUAGUCAUAUAACUUUUGCUCCACUAGGAGUGGAUUUUUUUAAUGCUUAUACUUUGUAAAUGUUUUCUACCUGUACAGAUUUGGGAGUAAAGGUCUUACCCUGGAUACGGAAGGUAGACUUUUAAUAACUAGAAUGCUAUAUGCAUGACCUAAGCAGGAGCCAAACAAAACAGAAUAUUUUACGAUUCUAGUCUCGUGUGGUGGUUUGUCGGUGGUUGAAAGUAAUGUGUAUAUAUGAUGGGGCUAUUUUGGUAAAGUGUACAUGGCAUUCUGUGGCUAGAACAUAUUCUGUAAAUGCUUAUAAUUUAUAGAAUGUAAAUACUGAAAAUGGCUGGUUUGAAAUAAAUGGCACUUGUUGCAUAAUAAAUGCUUUUAUACUGUGUUUACUUUGCUCCCUG